CACAGCAGGGGUGGAGAUCCAGGAGCGGGAGGCCCUCUCGUUCGCGACAUAACAGCGGCGGGGGCGCCUCGCCAUCUUCAGCUCCGGGACAGGCUGAGCAUAACGUCUUGCAGCAUGGAUCCACAGAUACAUCUCAGUGUGACAUUCCGAGAUGAUACCCAGAGCUUCCUUAUAUCAGAUGCCUCUAAUACCACAUGGGCUGAUGUGGAAGCUAUGGUGAAAGUUUCAUUUGACUUGAACAAUAUCCAGAUCAAAUACCUUGAUGAGGAUCAUGAUGAGAUUUCAGUCAAUACUGCAGAAGAAUAUGAAGAAGCAUUGAAGAUUGCAGUGAAACAAGGCAGUCGACUACAGAUGAAUGUUUAUGAAGUAAGUGCUCCUCCAGGCAUGCCUUCACAGGAAGCGCCUGAGAAAUCUGAGAAAUUUCUUAUUUCCAAGGAUGGCAGGAAGCACUGUUCUCACUGUUCUGCAUUUACUCAGACCUUGGUACAGGCCAAAGAUACUGAAAAAGACGAGAGGCAGCAGACCAGCAACCUUCCCAGUGAGGAUCCUCCUGAGUGGUUUACAAACUACUUGGAAAAGUUCCGGGAGCAAGUGGUUCAAGAAACUGUUGAAAGGCUUGAGCACAAGUUGAACAAGAAGCUCCUCCUUUCCAGCCAGCUCCCCAGCUCCAUUAGCAACUCUGCACACCAUGUCCCUGCAAGCCCCUUGAAGCAAGGCAACCCCUUUGACUGGCUACUUUCCUGCAGUAACUGUCAGGCCCCCAUUGUGGGCAUUCGCUACCAGUGCAGUGUGUGCUCAUCCUAUAGCAUCUGUGAAUUCUGUGAAGCAGGGAUAUAUGCCCAUGACCCUAACCAUGUGCUUUUGAAGCUGCGGAGGCCUGUUUUAUGUCCCUCUGAGACAUACAAUCUUGGACAAUUUUCAGCUCGCCUCACCACAUUGGAACAUGUCAGGCUCCAGAAACAGAUGGACAAGCGCUUCUUGAAGGCAGAGAAGCAACGUCUCCGGGCAGAGAAGAAACAACACAAAGCUGAAGUGCGGGAGCUUAAAAAGCAGUUGAAGUGGCACCGGAAGAUCCACCUGUGGAACUCUGUCCAUGGACUAGACAGCACUGGCUUGACAGCUGCCAAAUCUGAGAGUCUACAACCCAGUACAUUUCUUCCCCUGCAAAGCUGCCCAGUCACUGUCCCUACACUGAGUGCUGCCUUUAUGGAUGAGAAUCUUCCAGACGGAACUCACAUCCAGCCAAGAACAACAUUUAUCAAGCAUUGGCGCAUGAGGAACACUGGCAACAUAGAGUGGAACUCUGAAACAAAGCUAAAAUUUAUGUGGGGGAAUUUAACUCUGGUGUCCUCGGAGAAGAAGGACGUGAGUGUGCCCUUCCUGCUACCAGGGCAAGUUGGGGUUGUCUCUGUAGAGUUUGUAGCCCCUUCAGCAGAAGGAAUUUACACAUCUCACUGGCGGCUGUCACACAAAGGAGAGCAGUUUGGGCCCCGAAUCUGGUGCAGCAUUGUGGUAGAUCCAUCUUCAUCCAACACUGGCUGCAUAGAAAAUUGGAAAUGGAUGUCCAGUUUCUGUGAGAAGCACGGAUCCCCUUCCAAGGAAGAGGAAAGGACCUCAAAGUUCGGGGCAGAUGUUCUGCAUGCUGCUAAUUGUGCCAUCCAGGGAAGUUUAGCCAGCCAGACUGUUCCACCAAAGUUGAAGAACGUCCUCAGUGCUAGAGAGUUCUACAUUCCAUCAGUCGACCUUCUCACUGCUCAGGAUUUACUCUCUUUUGAGUUGCUGGAUAUCAACAUAGUGCAAGAACUGGAGCAGGUCCCUCAGAACAUUACUAAUGUUGAGCAAGACAUCCAUUUACUGAAGAAAGCCUUCUUUUCUGGAAGAGCUUCCUUGAGAAGACACUACUUGUUUAACAUGCUGGUGACCUUUUGGACUUGGGGCCACUGCAGUAUACAUACUACUGUUGUGGCUUUAGAUGCUCAGGUGGGGAAAGGGAAGGCUGAAAAUGCAGCAAACCAAGAAGAAGAAGACAUGAGCGGGACCCAAUUUGUAUGUGAAACAGUGAUUCGCUCUCUCACCUUGGAUGCUGCCCCUGACCAUAAGCCCCCACAAAGGAAAGAUUCUUGGCAGAAUUCCCUACAAGCACUACAAGAUACCACGCACUGUAACCCAAAGUACAAGGACCCCAUUAGUCCCAUUUCCACGUUGCAAGAACCGGAGUCCAAGAAUCAAGGCAUAGAGAAGACUGAACAACCUGAAUCAAAGAAUCUUCUGGUGCAAGAUGGUGAGGAAUUAAGGAAUGGGGAAGCUGAAGAUGACACUAAAGAUGAAGUAUGCAGCCAGACUUCCUCAACCUCCUCUGAGGAUUAUAUCAUCAUCCUCCCAGAAUGCUUUGAUACGAGCCGCCCUCUGGGCGAAUCUAUGUACAGUUCUGCUCUCUCCCAGCCAAGUUUGGAGAAAAUGACGGAGUCCCCAGCAAAUCCUAAAGAAGAGAGUUGUCCCCAAACAGCUACUAUUAGUGAUACCCUGACCACCUCACAGACCCUAGAUGACGUUUCACUGAAUGUGGAACCACAGCACGCAAGAUGUUUGACCCUUUCUCAAAGUAAUGGUUCCCAAGAAAUGCAUUCUCCCAGUAAAGAAGCCCCUGUGGUUCCUGGACAAACAAGAGAAGGCAUCAAAGGAGGAAAUGCUCCUGGGCAUUCCCCUGCAGGAAAUGUAAAUACACCAGCAUGUCCAGAAUUCUCGAGACACACCCAGGGUCACAGUCUUGCUGGGGGCCUGAUGAAGGGGGCCUGGUCAGUGGCAGCCUCAGCCUACAAAGCUCUUUUUGCUGGACCAUCCUCCAUGGAACAGGCUCUUCCUGUGACUGAGGAUCAUAUGGCUACCUUUCUGGCAAACCUAACUGAGAUGGGCUUCUGUGACCGGCACCUUAAUCUCCGGCUACUGCAGAAACACAACUGUGACAUGGCCCAAGUUGUCACAGAGUUGCUACAACUGAGUCAGGGUGAUUGGUAUGGGAACUAACACUGAACCUUGUCCAUCUGCUCAUUAAAAAUCUGAGCAGCAAACAGCACCAGCAGCUUCCAGCUCCCUUCUGUUCCAGCAGAGCAGAGAUGGCUUGGAAUCCAUUACUCAACACAUCACAGCUUACAACCACCACAGCUCAGACCCCCUAGGAUUUCCUUUAACUCUGAAACACUAGCAUUUUCAGCCUGGCACAAUGCCAGAUUCUGUAUGGUAGAAAAGAGGGGAAUAUGUGCACAACAUUCAGGUGAGCUGUGUCACUGACAACGUUGUGGCUACUGAUCAUGCACUACAAGCAAGAACCAAAGACUUGAGGGACCAUCCUGUGUAGUGUCUGUCCAUCUAGUCUUCUCUUACAGAUGAAGGCAAGGGUGGCAAUCAGCACACAUCUUGCUGAAGAUGCCCCUCCAAAUUCUGCUCUCACAAGAAGCAAGUGACUGACUUCUGUGUCCUCUAGUUUGCUUGAUUUCUCUCUUCUAUAUUGUAAAAGCAAUAAUUCCACCACCAAUUUCAUGUUGUAUGUGCUGCAGGACAGUGGGGCUACCUAACACAACACAGAUCAUAUUCAAAGAAUUGCUUCCUCUUGGCAAAUCCCAGUGUACCUUAAACGCUGAUGUUUGCUAGUUAGUUAUUGGAAAUGAAAUUGUCUGAAAAGAGCCAACUUCUUAGCAGCACUGAACAGGUGGUUUGCCAUAAAAAUAUCAAAACAAAGAGUAGUUAUUCCUGCUACUUGUAUCUUUAGAUGUAUUAUUAAUAGUAAUUCUUCCAUAAAGUAUUGAAAAACAGAUGAUCAGGAUAUGCUUGAGUGUUUGAAAAGCUAUUUUUGUAGGUUCAUUUUUAUCACUCAAGAAUUUCAGAGGAAUAUUUUCUGAAAGUCACUAUUUCUGAUACUUUCUGCCCAGAUGUUGGACCAAUUUGUGAUUUAUACAGUGCAGCAUCUUUUUUAACCAUUCUUGAUGUGGUUUGAAUAUAUUGAUCAUGCCUGUUAGACAUUUGUGACAUGGUGCAGAGCAGAAAGACAUUGGCGACAAUGCUGGAUGAGAAAUAAUACUUUUAUAAAAAUCAAAUUCCCUUGCCUUGUCACAUAAAAGGCAUGGGAUGUGAGGAAUUUCUGCACAAACUCACUUGAAAUAAAUAGGAUUUUACUUUAUUCUCAGGUGUUCUUUUGAGUUUUCAAAUAAUAUCAGAAUGGAUAUUGACCUUUCAUAAAACAUGGCAAUAGGAUGAUCCCAAGUUUGGUAUUUCUCUGACUUCUGGGAAAAAAUGGCUAAUAUAGUAAUGGAGGCAGAAUUCAGAAAUGGAAGUGAGAUUUUUUUUACCUAUAAGGAAGAGGAUAAACACAUUAAGGAAAAACUUGACAGCAUGCAGUUUUGUUUUGUUUUUAAACUGUAUGGAACAACAAAUCUCUGAAUUGAAAUCUUCAGAUUUGGAACUUCUUUCAAGGUAAUGGUUGAUGUUGGUAUUACUAGAUAAAUUUUUGUUGUAUUCUCUUGAGCUAGUUUUAUUGUACCAGCUCAAUCGUGAAUUAGCCCUGGUAGAGAGCUUUCUUUAGGUUUCAUAAAAGCUGAAACUUCCUUCUUUUGGCUUUGUAUAUUUUAGAGAGGUUGCAUGGAUGAUAACUUAAACAGUGCAGAUAUUACAGUCUUUAUAUAUUGUUUAGAAUAAGCACUUUAAACAAUCUCGGAGUGUGACAAACAUUAAAAUAUACAUUAAAUAAGUAACCUUGUCUUUGUGAAACAAAGCUCUCUUCAUAAAGCUUGGAUGAGAGUUAAGGGAUGGGGACUCAAGAAACUGAUUUUGAAAUAAACUUCCAUUGAAAGCAAAA